AUGGAGGGUAGUGCGGAAAAAGUUCGUCAAAUGCUGAGCGAUUCAAUAACAAUUGACAUUACAGGACGAAUUUCUGGCUUCGACGGCUCACAUCAAACAUGUAUUUGUGUACAUUGUCGAUAUGCAGCUGCGUAUUUUUGUUCACGAUUCGACUAUUUAAUCACACAAAUCAUCACGAAUGAGUAUCACCAUAUCAGUAUCAGAGAAGUAGAAAUCGCGCUGAUCGUCUCUUGGGUCGAUUCAGCUUAUCGACUGCACAUCUACAUGGAUUCCGAAAUCGGGUGUAAAGUAUUCACCUUCCUAGCUCAUCUGUCGGAUUUCAAUUGUGUGUGGAUGAUUUCGUGGAUAUCAUGCGAUCGAAUGGUAGUGUUGUAUAGGCCAGUGUCUGAUCACUACUUUCUGUUUACUCUACUUGACACAGCAAUUUGCACGUUGUUACCAGCCAUUCUGAUCAUGUUCGUCAACACGCUGUCCAUUUACCGGUAUCGUCAGUGCAUGCGCAUCUACUCAUCCGGAGUACUGCGAGUACGAUUCGAUCGGGCUUCAAACGGCAAUCCCAUCCCUUACGAGGAAACGACGGCGAAGAAGCUGUUGCUCAGUCAAACACAUACCAACAGUCACAUGUCAACGCAGUCAAACCGCUCGACAUGUGGAAAACUUCGGUCGUCUGAUCUCCAGCUCAGCCGAACGCUCCUCAUCGUGACUAGUACUUUUGUUUUGCUGAACGUACCCAGCUACAUGGUGAGGAUUAUUCAGUACAUUUUCGAGCCGCGAACGCAAAUCUUCCAUUUUCUACAUUAUUUCUCCUAUUUGAUCUACUAUCUUCACCAUGCUGUUCUGUUUUACAUGUAUAUCUUCUGGAGUCCACAAAUGAAGAAACAAUUGAAACCGACAGCGAUGCGUCUACUUGAAUGCUACUGCUUCAAAACAGUACCGGAAUUUGGCCAUCGCUCCACCUCACUUCAGGGUUUCAACUGA